AUGCUGGAAGACCCACAGCAUGCCCUACCAACGGGCGUUGAUAAGAAUAAAGCACCUGUCGCUAUCAUUGGUCUCGCUUGCCGCUUUCCAGGUGAUGCUGUAAACCCGCAAAGUUUCUGGGAGGUCCUUUGCAAUGCUCGCUCUGCCUACUCGGAGCCACCAGAGUCUCGAUUCCAUAUCGAUGCCUUUCACACACCUAAUCGUAAGAAGCAAGACACUAUUAGGCCUAGGGGAGGUCACUUCCUCCAACAAGAUGUUGGUGCCUUCGAUGCCAAUUUCUUCAGUAUCAGUCAGAAUGAAGCGAUCUCUAUGGAUCCACAGCAACGCAUCAUGUUGGAGACCGUGUAUGAGGCCUUUGAAAAUGCUUGCCUGCCCUUGGAUACUGUUGCGGGCACCGACACCGGUUGCUUCAUGGGCAACUUUACAACAGACUAUCGAGAAAUGAUGUUUCGGGACUUCGAUUCUGCACCGACAUACGCCAUGAGUGGCUCAGGUCAGGAGCUGAUUUCCAACCGAGUAUCCUGGUUCUAUGAUCUCAAAGGCCCAUCAUUCACUCUCGGUACAGCAUGUUCAUCAAGCUUGGUUGCCCUACAUCAGGCGUGCCGAGCUAUAGAAGCUGGAGAAUGCUCGAUGGCUGUCGUAGGUGCUACUAAUCUGCUGUUGAACCCCGAAAUGUUCAUGGCCCUGUCAAAUCAGAAUUUCUUGGCGAAAGACGGUCGCUGUCGCAGUUUCGAUGCUGCCGGCGACGGCUAUGGACGCGGUGAGGGAUUUUCAGCCAUCAUUCUGAAGAAUGUCAAUCAAGCAAUUCUGGAUGGUGAUCCUCUACGAGCAGUAAUUCGUGGCACUGGCGUCAAUCAGAACGGAAGAACCAAGGCCAUUACUCAAACGAAUGCCAAGGCACAGGCUGAGUUGAUAAAGUCCACAUAUCGUUUAGCAGGCUUGAAUUUUCAAGACACCAACUACUUUGAAGCCCAUAUUGGUCAUCUGGAAGCCACCGCUGGUCUCGCCGCGUUGAUAAAAGGUAUUUUCAUUCUUGAAAAUGGUCUCAUACCCCCAAAUAUCAACUUGGACGAACUAAACCCGCGGAUUCCAUUUCGAGAAUGGAAAGUCACAGUACCAACUACGUUGCGACCAUGGCCAACCGAGGGCCUGAGACGGCUGAGUACUCAGGGCUUUGGGUAUGGAGGUACAAACGCUCAUGUCAUUCUCGACGAUGCCUUUCAUUACCUCGAGACUAUCAAACAAGAGGGUAAUCAUUUCACAAAAACGCUUAGCUCACCAGCCAUACCACUGUCGACUUCGAGAAGUAAAAUUGCGACCAAACAUGAUUCCAAGGCUCUGAAACGAAAGAGAGUGUUUGUAUUGACCGCACAAGAUAAAGAUGGGAUCGAUAGGCAACGUCAAAAUCUUCAUCAGCACCUCAUGAAGAAAGAACGCGUCGCAGACGAAAGCUCGUAUUUACGGGACUUGGCUUUCACUUUAUCGAAAAAACGUACCAAGCUGGCUUGGAGGACUUAUACUGGAGCUACUUCUCUGAAAGAGCUGACAACCAGCCUACAAGCAUCAGAGAGUACUGCGUUGACCAUGCGACCAACCAAACCCCCACGAAUUGGAUUUGUAUUUACUGGACAAGGAGCUCAGUGGCCAAGAAUGGGUCUCGAGCUACUCGAAUACACAGUCUUCCGUAAAUCGAUCGAAGAAGCCAACGAUUAUCUCAAAAUCGUCUUGAAUUGCUCAUGGUCGGUACUCACGGAGCUUUCCAAAGACGCAUCAUCGUCAAAGAUUGACCAACCAGCUUACAGUCAGACUUUAUGCACCGUCCUUCAAGUGGCGCUUGUGGACUUGCUAGAGUCUUGGGGAAUCACCCCAUCGGCUAUUGUUGGCCAUUCCAGUGGUGAGAUCGCUGGUGCAUAUUGUUUAGGUGCUUUGUCAAGACAAGAUGCCUGGAAGAUCGCCUACAUGAGAGGACUACUAUCGUCGGAAAUGAAAUCGACCUCUCCUCCCCUAUUGGGAGGUAUGCUGGCUGUAGGUACAUCGAAAGAAGACGCAGAGAGCUGGAUCUCUCAAUAUCCAGAGAGUAAUGUGGUUGUUGCUUGCGUAAAUUCCCCUUCGAGCGUAACAAUAUCCGGUAAUGAAUCAGGCAUCAUCGAGCUGGAAAGCGCACUCAAAGAUGCGGGCAUCUUUGCUCGAAGGCUGAAGGUUGAGAUCGCAUAUCAUUCACCACACAUGGAGGCAAUUCAAGGCGCAUACCUGCAUUCUAUGAGCGGAAUAUAUGCCCAAGAAGGGCACACUGAACGAAGAAUGUACUCCGCGGUCAGUGGAAGUCUUGUUGACGGUGAGGAGCUAGGACCGGUCAACUGGGUCAGGAACCUCGUUUCUCCUGUUCUAUUCUAUGACGCAGUUCGUGAGCUUCUGCAGCCAACUACAGACCGUUCUUCUCAGAACGGCAACGCGGUUGACGUACUAGUCGAGAUCGGACCACACUCUGCCCUCAAAGGUCCUGCCAACCAAACAAUGCAAAAGCAUGGAGUCAAAGGCGUGGACUAUCUUUCCUUCCUGUCACGAGGGGCUAACGCAAUCGAUACGGCUAUGAUCGCUGUCGGCGAGCUUUUCAGUCGAGGGUCUUCCAUCAAUAUCUCCCGCGCGAACAACGACGUUGACUCUGCCAACCAACCACUAGGUAAACCACUAGUGGAUCUUCCAUCCUAUUCAUGGAAUCAUUCGCGUACCUAUUGGGCCGAGUCGCGUAUCUCUCGACAGCAUCGGUUUCGUAAAGAGCCUCUUAAAAGUCUAAUCGGACCACCAUGUCCAAAUUACGGGGAAAGUGAGAGAUUGUGGAGGGGUAUCUUACGACUCGCUGACGAGCCUUGGAUCCAAAACCAUACAAUACAAUCAACGGUACUUUAUCCAGCCGCAGGAUACUUGGCAAUGGCUAUUGAGGGAGCUUCACAGAUCGCAACUCAGGGCAAAGACAUCCAGAAUUUCAGAUUGAAGGAUGUUCAGAUCGUGGCCCCUGCUGUCAUUAAAGAAGACUCUCCCACUGAGUUUGUCUUACAGAUUCGACCGCAUCACCGAAGCACGAAGGACGAUUGGUUCACGUGGAGCGAAUUCACAGUUUCAUCGUCUGCUGAGGGUGGAGACCUACGGAAGAACUGUAAUGGUCUACUGCUGAUUGAAUAUGACACUCCAACCGAUUCGGCAUCGAGCAUAGAACAAAAUCUAGAGGAACAACAUGCCCUUCAAGCGUACGAGGAGUACCAAACAUCAUGUCAAACUGUACAGAAGACUAAAGAAUUUUACGAAAAUCUCGAUCGUCUGGGUCUCAGCUACGGUCCUCUCUUUCAAAAUGUCACCAAGAUUCAGAGUACCGAGAACCAGAGCUGUUGCGAAGUUACUGUAUCGAAUGCUGGUAUCUCAGAAAUACCCCAUGAACAAUUUGUCAGACCACAUGUCAUUCAUCCCUCGACGCUUGAUGCCAUGUUCCACGCAAUCUUUGCCGCGUACAAUCACAAGAAAGAAACAAUGAAGGAAGCAAUGGUACCAAAAUCAAUUGACGAAAUCACCAUCUAUGCCAAGACUCCAUUUGAGGCUGGAUCGCAAUUCAAGGGAUUCUCGACUGCCUCUAAGCAUGGGUUUCGGGAGAUGAAAGGAAGCUUGACGAUGUUAGACAAGUUGUCUGGCAAAAGAUGUGUCACCAUGAAGGACCUACUUUGUACUGCUAUUCCCAACUCUAGUGUCUCGGAACAGACGCAGACCGAAGUAAACGCAGGGAAGCUGUACAGUCAAGAAAUAUGGAGACCGGCGCUCGAUUUAUGUUCAACAGCGGAGAAGAUCGCAUUGAUGAAAGGGUCGACUUCGACUAAGCCCUCGAGAACCUCCUCUGGUAGCGCAGAAUCUUCUUUGACUGCCUCAAGCUCUACUUCUCUGACUGAAUUGACUUAUUACUCCUCGGUUGAAACGUCAGUCGCAGCAAAGAAAGACCCUCUUUACGACUCUUCCAGGUUGUCAGAUCUGCCCAAUCAAUUUCAGCAGCCUCAAACAGCGCCGGAAAGGUUCGGCCCCAUUGAUGACGAGAAAUUGAAUCCACAACCAGUAGACUGUACAGAUAACGAGAACGCCAAUGAGAUAUCGAAUAAUAAACCUAUAGCGAACGGUGAAGGUUGGCCUAACCUACCAGACCUCAUAAAACAAUCAGAUACCGACCUGACUCCAAGCUUAACCCAGAAUCAGGGCAUUCCCUCGGCUUACAUGCAUCAUGCUGACAUUUGUUGGAGACAGCUAUAUCGGCUUCUUAAGUUGAUGUCUCACAAUAAGCCCUCUCUUUCUGUCUACGAAAUUGGAUCUUCUACAUUUCGGCUCGACGCCUCGCUACUCUCGUCGGAAGAUCCAUUCGUUCAAAGCAUAGACUUUACACUUAGUUUGUACGACGAAGAAGCUCUGGCUCAUGCCAAAGAGUCGAUGCGAGCGCGCCAAGGACGUACCAUGUUCACUCAUUUAGACCCUGACACAUCAUCUAGCACCAUCGACGAAGAGACCUCCGCCUACGAUCUCAUCAUUUUGUCGGAUCUUGUCAUGCCAGUGAAGAGAUUGCGUUCAAUCCUCGAAAAGUUGCCAAAAAUAUUGAAUUCCGGAGGCAAAAUCUGUUUCUAUCAACGAUCGAGCGCUUAUUCCACUAGUGACGAGUCACGGGACUUUCCACUAGCAUUCGCCGACAGCACCACUUUCCAAGAUAUAUUACGUAUUCAAGAUUUCACCGUUGACUUUCGUACGAAUGACUCCGACCUUGACGGGACACAAAACUUUGGUCUUCUCUUAGCAAGAACCAAAUUAUCCAUCGAAAGUAUCCCUACGCAUCCUAAGGUGCAUCUCCUUCAGCCUACAAUAUCUCUACCAAAGACAGCUCGAUUUGCUUCAUGUAUAGAGAAUGAACUCAAGGAGAGCGGAGUCGACGUCAUCAACGUUCAAUGGAACUCAAAUAUUGAUAGCCUGGAAAUCUCGCAUUGUAUUUCGUUACUAGAGCUCGACUCGCCGAUACUUUCAGACUGCGAUCAGCAAGAAUUUUGUAUGCUUCAAAACGUAAUCCUUAGGUGCACCGAUCUUCUGUGGAUCACAGCCUUUGAAGGACCAGCUGCCGCUUUAGUACCUGGCAUGUUCCGCACUCUUCGAAAUGAGGUACAAGGCAAUCAGUACCGUACGCUCAGACUUGAGCCGAUGGCUCUCAAUUCACCUGAAAAACAUGCAUCGACAGUGGCAAAGCUCCUCACGACUUCUGCUACAGACCAUGAAUUCCUGGAAGAGGAUGGCAAAGUCACUGUCUGUCGCUAUAUCAAAGACACUCCUAUGAAUGAUACAUUAUCGAGCUCUCUCGUCGAUGAACACGAAGUGAUAGACCAGCUACACCUCGAGCAGAUCGCCAGUCCACACAAGCUAGGCAUCCUGAAGCAAGGGAUGCUUGAUACUUUGUGCCUAGAGGCAGACGAUGAUCUAAACAUCCCCAUUAAAGGUGACGAGAUCGAUAUUCAUGUCAAAGCAACUGGUCUGAACUUUCGCGACGUGAUGGUCAUCAUGGGCCAGAUACCGGAUGAUCUGCUCGGAUUCGAAGCCAGCGGUAUAGUGACGCGAUGUGGGAGAGACGUCACGCAAUUCAAAGCUGGUGACAAAGUCUGUGCCCUAGGUCAUGGAGCUCACCGCACAGUCUUUAGGAACAAGGCAAUCUUUUGCCAAAAGAUACCUGAGAAUCUCUCUUUCGAAGAAGCCGCGACAAUCCCACUUGUACAUUGCACAAGCCAUCAUGCGCUUAUGGAUGUAGCCCACGCUCGAUCUGGACAGUCAAUACUGAUUCACGCCGCCGCGGGCGGAGUAGGACAGUCAGCCAUUCAAUUGGCUAAGUACCUCGACCUCGAAAUCUUCGCCACGGUAGGAUCUCCCGAGAAACGGGACCUGCUUGAGCGCUCGUAUGGCAUCAAGUCCGACCACAUCUUUAACUCGCGAGACACAAGCUUCGCUAAAGGAGUCAUGCGAAUGACAAAAGGCAAAGGCGUCGACAUCAUCCUGAACUCGUUAUCGGGGGAAUCGCUCCGCCUGAGUUGGGAAUGUAUCGCCAACUUUGGCACAUUUGUCGAGAUUGGGAUGAAAGACAUCCUCGUCAACACCGGCUUGGAUAUGCAACCUUUCUCGCGAGGCGCCACAUUUUCAUUCUUUAAUAUCAAGCACAUAAUGACGGACAACCCGAUCGUGGUUGCUACCCUCAUGCAAUCCAUCUUCGACAACAUCCGAGAUGGAAUUGUGCAACCAGUCUCUCCAGUCAAGACAUAUCAGAUCUCGGAUGUGGAGAGCGCCUUCCGGCUACUGCAGACGGGUAGACAUCAAGGCAAGAUUGCUCUCCAAUGGGAGUCGACAAGCCCGACACCCGUCCUUCGUCGACAAAACCAACCACUCCACCUCCGCCCCGAUGCCACAUACGUUCUCGUAGGGGGACUCGGUGGCCUCGGCCGCAGCCUCACCCAUCUCCUCGUCGACUCAGGGGCCAAACACCUCUCAAUCCUAUCACGUUCGGGGCCCAGCUCAAAAGCCGCCCAAGCGCUGAUCGCCGAGAUGAAGAACACCGACGUUCAGAUCAGCAUCCACAAAUGCGACAUAGCGUGCUGGGACGAGAUCUCUCGCGCAUUCCAACAAAUCACAUCCUCAAUGCCUCCAAUAAAGGGAGCCUUCCAAUGCGCGAUGGUACUCCAAGACCGGCUCUUCGAAACGAUGUCGCACUUCGAAUGGAGCACCAGUCUCCGCCCCAAAGUCCAAGGGUCGUGGAACGUGCACGAUCUCCUGCCCUCCACAAUCGAUUUCUUCAUCCUCCUCUCCUCAUUCGCCGCGCUCAUCGGCAACAGAACCCAGAGCAACUACGCGGCCGCGGGCGCGUAUCUCGACGCGCUCGCGCACUACCGGCGCGCGCGCGGCUUGAAAGCCAUCUCCGUGGAUCUGGGCGUGAUGCGCGACGUCGGCGUGAUCGCGGAGCACGGCGCGACGGACUACCUCAAAGAAUGGGAAGUGCCGUUCGGGAUGCGCGAGAGGGAGUUCCACGCGUUGAUGAAGGCGGUGAUCGCGAAGGAGAUGAGUGGGAAUGCGAACGCGCUGCCUGCGCAGAUCGUGCAUGGGCUGGCCACGGGGGAAAUGGUGCGAGUGGCGGGGGUGCGCACACCGUAUUAUCACGACGAUCCCCGCUUUGCCAUGUUUGCUGGCACUGGGGAGCUCGCUUCCUCCGAUGCGGCGCUGUCGUUGUCAAAAGGCGAGGCUGCGGCAGCAAGUGCGAAAUCCCUCCAGGAACAGCUCACGCAGGCGACGGAUAUUGAGGAGGCGACGAAGAUGAUUACGGAUGCGUUGGUGGCGCGGGUGGCGAAGUCGCUUGUUGUGGAGAAGACGGAGAUUGACGAUGGGAGGCCGCUGUAUAGCUACGGCGUGGAUUCGCUCGUGGGCAUCGAGAUUGCUAAUUGGGUUUUUCAACAAACCAAGGUGAAGUUCUCGGUCUUUGAUAUUCUGGCCACGGCGAGUAUUGUGGGGUUUGCGAGGGAUAUUGCGGAGAAAAGUGAGGGGUUUAAGAAGUAG